AUGUCAGGCAAAUUGCCUCGUCGAGACUCGCACUGUCAGGCGAUUGUGGUUCUUGUCGCGUUGCUCUUCGCGCUAUCGCUCGCCGUGUCUCAGACCGUCGCCGAGUCCGCUUUCAAUUCCCAGAAGAGACUCAUUGCUUCUGACAAUAGCCAGCAUCAGCAAGGGCAACAGCAGGAUGGGAACGCGACGAGCGUGCAAGUAGGACCAGGCAUCCCUAUCGAUCCCUCUCGCAUCACUCGCCUUUCGUGGGAGCCGAGGGCCUUCCUGUACUCGGGCUUUCUCUCUCACGACGAGUGCGACCACCUCAUCAACCUCGCCCGGGACAAGGUGACGCGCUCAUCUGUAGCAGACAACGAGUCGGGGAAGAGCGUGCUGAGCGAGAUCCGCACAAGCUCUGGCACGUUUCUCAACAAAUACCAGGAUGACAUCGUGAAGCACAUAGAAGAGCGAAUUGCUGCCUGGACCUUCCUUCCAAAAGAGCAUGGUGAAGCCAUUCAGAUCCUCAAGUAUGAGAUAGGGCAGAAGUACGAGGCCCACUUUGACUAUUUCUUUGACUCAGUCAACACGCAGAUGGGCGGGCACCGGGUGGCGACGGUGCUCAUGUAUCUCACCACUGUGGAGGCAGGGGGAGAGACCGUGUUUCCCAAUGCGCAGCCCAAGCCUGCUAUGGACGCCACUGCAUCUGACUGUGCAAACAGAGGCCUGGCAGUCAAGCCUCAGAAGGGAGACGCGCUGCUCUUCUACUCCCUCCACCCGGACGGCACCACCGACCAGUCAUCAUUGCAUGCCAGCUGUCCCGUCAUCCGCGGGGAGAAGUGGUCAGCAACCAAGUGGAUCCACCCGUCCGUCAGGAUGAUCGACGGCGCAGCGCUGCUCCCCGCGCAGGUGCUGCGCAACCUCUCCGACAAGCUCUACGACAAACGCAAGGCGGCCGCGCUCGAGGUGCGCGUAGGGGGAAAGCGCGGGGAACGGUUUCUGCGCAACCUCUCCGAUAAGCUCUACGACAAGCGCAAGGCGGCCGCGCUCGAGAUCAAGACACCAGUGAAUGCGGCUGUAGCGGAGGAGAAAGAUGAGGAAAACUACUUUUUUUUUCUCCCUCCCUCUCUUCUCUUCAUCCCCAAUCCCCCCUCCCCCUUUGCCGGCCUCCAUUUCCCUCAUUGUGCUAUGUGUGCUGCGCAGAUCGAGACGGCAAUCGAGACGGCAGUGAAGGCGGCUGUAGCAGAGGGCAAUGAUGAGCGGAUCAACGCAAUCAUUUCCCUGCUGGCCAAUGAUUACGCUACGUCAGCACAGCCGAACCAGAGAAAGGGGGGUCUCAUAGGGCUGGCGGCGGUCACAGUGGGGCUGGGCCCUGAUGCCAGUCACUACCUCGAUCGCAUUGUGCCAGAGGUGCUCAAGUCGUUCUCAGACUCAGACAGCCGCGUGCGCUACUACGCCUGUGAAGCACUCUACAACAUCGCCAAGGUGACACGUGGCGACUUCAUAGUGUUCUUCAACGAUGUGUUCAACGCCCUGUGCAAGCUGUCUGCCGACCUGGACCCCAACGUGCAGUCCGCUGCGCACCUGCUGGACAGGCUUGUCAAGGUGAGAAGUGAGUAA